UGCUUAUAUAUGAAUUAAUAAUUUUGUGAAAUUAUAGAAAAUCUUGUGUUGUAGAGAAAAAAAAUUUUGUGUGUACCAACGAAGUACUGUGUGAAGCAUAAUAGAAGAUAAACGAAAAACGUGAGAAUCCGUGGCAAAGUGGAUAAAGGGUUUUUGUUUACACUAGAUUAGUUAAAAAGAAUGGAAAAUUGCGCUAAUGCAAGCAUAGAUACGCAUUUAAAAAAUAUAUAUGAACAAGUGCAUGAUAUUGUGGCCAAAGAUACAGCGGAUUUGUAUAAAAACGGUGAUUGUUCAAAUGGAACGCAGAGUUUCGAUUUUGGCGCCGAAAUAUUGAGAGAAGAAAAAACAAUGUCUGAGAACAGUAAGAAAACAAAAUUGGAAAACAUAAACACAAAAGUUGCGCCAGAAGGUGAAUACAGUAAUAUAUCAGUGUCCCCAGUGAAAGUAACUGCAAUUUUAAACAAAUCAGAAUUGGUGGAAAAUGAUCAUGUUAAAGAUGAUGUCGAAGAAGAUCAGGCUGAGCAAUAUAAUGACGACGAUGACAGCUACACAACAGAUGAUAAUUCCAGCUCGCAACAAGGUGACCAAAACUCAGAUGAGCAAUUAAAUGAUACAAUAGAAACGGAUGAGUCUAGUACUGAUUCAGAUUAUUCUGAUAUCAGCGGUUUAUCAGACGUUUCUGGACGUGAAUGGAAACCUAUAAAUCCACGUCCCAUACAUUGGGUACAAAGACAAAUACAUUCAGGCGCAAAUCCACGUGAAUUACUUUCACAAAUUUUGCCAACCAGUGCACAACAGAUAGCACCAAAUCUAAACGAUAUGACACUUUGGCGCAUACUAGCCAGCAUGCUUUCCGAGCCGCCAAGGCGACGUAAAUUAAGCUACAUUAACACUUUCGAGGAUGUUAUCGAUUUAGUUCAGCAAUCACAAAAUAUUAUUGUUUUAACGGGCGCGGGUGUUUCCGUUUCGUGCGGCAUACCUGACUUUCGUUCUAGUGAUGGUAUAUACUCGCGUUUAGCUAAAGACUAUCCGGACUUACCAGAUCCGCAGGCUAUGUUCGAUAUAAAUUAUUUCUCUCGUGAUCCACGUCCGUUUUAUAAGUUCGCACGUGAAAUUUAUCCUGGUCAAUUUAAACCAUCUCCUUGUCAUCGCUUCAUAAAAUUGUUGGAAGAUAAACAAAAGCUAUUGCGCAAUUAUACACAAAAUAUUGAUACGUUGGAACAAGUGGCCGGAAUACGCAAUGUGAUCGAGUGCCAUGGUUCGUUCUCGACAGCGUCCUGCACAAAAUGUAAGUUGAAAUGUGACGCAGACACCAUACGCCCGGACAUUUUUGCACAGCGUAUUCCAGUUUGUUGUCAUUGUCAACCAAAUGUUCAGCAAAGCGUCGAUGCAUCUGAACCAGUUUCUGAGGAAGAGUUGAGACGUUUAGUCGAAAAUGGAAUUAUGAAACCUGACAUUGUGUUCUUCGGUGAAGGUUUGCCCGAUGAAUUUCAUACAGUAAUGGCCAGCGACAAGGAUAAAUGUGACUUACUAAUAGUGAUUGGUUCAUCGUUGAAGGUGCGCCCAGUUGCCUUAAUACCAUCGUCAAUACCGGCGAAUGUACCACAAAUACUAAUUAAUCGUGAACAGUUACACCAUUUGGAGUUCGAUGUCGAAUUACUUGGUGAUUCAGAUGUGAUUAUAAAUCAAUUAUGCCAUCGUUUGGGCGCAGAAUGGAAAGAAAUCUGUUUUGAUAAUAAAGUAUUGUCUGAAUCCAAAGCAUUGUUGCCUAUAGAAGAAGAUACCAGCACUGAAGGUGAGGGGGAAACUGAAGAUGAUGUACAACAAAUGCAAGAUACUGAUACACAAUCUACACAAUCAUGCUCAUCAGCAGAUAUAGCAUUACGUGCUGCUGGCGCUUACUCCGAUAGUGGUUUUGAAUCAUCUUCUUCCGGUCUAACUUUAAAUAAACCAUCACCUGGUAAUGAGACUAUAGGAACAAUAAGACAUUUAAAAAUAAAUACAACAGAUCGUAUAAAAACAACAAUAAACAAAAGUGCAAUUAAUAUACCCGGUCUUCUAGACGAACCAACUGAUGCAGUUGAUUUCGGUUUAAUACAAGAAUCCACUUCUUCGAUAUAUUCAGAAAGUUGUCGUCAUUUAUCUAUCGAUUCUUCUAAGGAUAGCGGCAUACAAACCGAUUCAUCAAAUUCCGCUUUACCACCAGCACAUAACACUGAUGCAUUGCUACCACCAAUAACGAAGUUCGGUGAUAGUGGUGGUACAAAAAUGACCAAUAGUAAUGCGUUGCCUCCUGCCAGCACAAAUAGUUCAGUAACAGAUGUGAAGGAAAUAUCUUUUGGAAACGUUGAAGAUAAGAGAACUGUUAGAGAUACUGGACGCAAUUUAAAGCGUAUACGCCAGGAAAAAAGACAAAGUGCAGCAGAACGUUUAAUGCCUGGCACUUUUUAUAGUUAUGAUGGCAGUGCUUCAUAUGUAUUUCCAGGUGCGCAAGUCUCUUGGUGCACAGACACCGAUGAUGAUACUGAAUAUGAGAGUGAAGAAAACGAUGAUAAUGAAGAAAAUGAAGAGAACGAUGAGAAUGAAGAAAAUGACGAUAAUGAAGAAAAUGAUUUUGAACAGGAUGAAACAAGCGAAAUUGACGUUACCACUAUUCAAACUAAUGUUGCAGAUAGCAGCAAUACUAAAGAACUAUAUACAAAUCUAACACCUCCGCAUAGUACAAUUGAUGAGUAUAAACUGCAAACAACUACCACAGUAAUACAUGUUUCAAAACCCACGACACGUAAGCGUUCAUCAACGGAUGGCAAUGGUGUUUGUGAUGAAUCAACUGCGGAAAAUAACUACGUUAUGUUGAUGCAGGAAUCUAAAAUACUAACUGAACCCAGCAGUUCAUCAAUUACAUGUUACUCGCCUCCACUAAAGAAGCAACGUGACAGCGUCGAAGAUGUCACCAGCGAUGGUGAGAACAGUAGUAGCAGCAAUUCAAGCAAUAAUUCCGAUGAUAAUAGCAACAAUACCUUAAUCUUAAACAAUAAUGGUAAAAACAAUUCCAAAACUAGUAAUAGCGAUGAUACGGUUUUAAGUAGCAAUAGUAACGAACAUACACUGUCAAAGUUUGGAGUGACCAAAUCUUUACUGCAGCAACUUUAAAACUAAUUUCAAAUAAUUUAAUUCAUUUUAAAAUUAUUAUUACUUUCUUUGAAUUGUUUACCUAAUAUAAGCUGCACUUUGUAGUAAUAAAUUUUUUAAGAAAUAUAAUGGCUUGUAGUAAAUGUAUGUUAGUAUGUCUAACGUUAAGUUGAAACCAUGUUUCGCUUAUUUAUGUUUAGUAAAAUUUUAAUUAAACUCAUUUUGACAAUAGAACUUUUUUGUUU